ACACUUACACACAUUUAUCAGUCAACCAGUCAAUUUGCUGCCCUUCCGAGUUCAACGACCCAGCACAUCUAUGUGUGUAAAAGUGUUCAGCAAUACAGGACCCGGGGUGUUUGAAGAUUGGUAAUUAUUAAGUUCUACCCCUGCUCAUUAUUACUCAGUUGAACUCCUGGUCAUUGAUACAAACAUUCUCACCUGGUAUUUAUUUUGAAAUUUACAAAGUUCCCCAACUGGUAAGUAGUGCUACAAAUGAAUGAGUGCUAAUUCGUAUUUAUUCACGAGUUCACUUGAAAAAAUGAAUCCCGAAUCAUAAUUUUUGCAUUCAAAUAAAAACAAAUCAAAGUGCGUAUUUUAUUCUGACAAGAGCUGCAAUACAGCAAAGCCAUGUGGCAACUUCCUUUGUUUACUUCCACCGCCAUUUUGGCUUACUGCACAUGCACAGCUGUAGAGUAGCCACUGUAGCCGAUCAUAUGGCUCAAUCUCAGUGGGACGAAGCGUCCGCUGCACGAAUGUUCAUGGAAAACUGCGACCACUGCAGAUGAAAUGGAUAAAAGUGAUGCAAGACACAUCAUGACAGAUGAUUGAAGGGAGCUAGCCAGCUACUGCUAACUAGCAGCUAAGCUAACUAGCUGGCUUAGUAGAAGCAGAUGUUGCAGCCACCAUGCAUUUAUGCAUUUUACGGCACUGAGACCGUACUAUAACAGACCACGGGGUACGAUGCGGUGAGGGAUCCUGGUUAAAGUAAGUCAUUUUAAACUAAAACGAAGCAUUUUGGCAACUUUUUCCCUAGGGAAAAGUGGUUGCUCACACCAGCCAAAAUGCGUCAGCUGACUUUUUAUGGUGGUGUGACAAAAUCAGUGACACCGAAAACUGCAACCAGGACUUAACCAGGGGACUGUAGAUAGUUUUCAAAUAAUUAAAUAGUUAUUUUCAUUUGGUGGACAAUGUCAUGUCUUUAUAUGGCUCAAUCUCAGUGGGACGAAGCGUCCGCUGCACGAAUGUUCAUGGAAAACUGCGACCACUGCAGAUGAAAUGGAAAAAAGUGAUGCAAGACACAUCAUGACAGAUGAUUGAAGGGAGCUAGCCAGCUACUGCUAACUAGCAGCUAAGCUAACUAGCUAAAUAGCACAAGGAGUAACAAUUCCAUUGUGUUUCACUCUUCAUUCCUUACUCUCAAUGCAAAUUGCAGUUGGAGAUUUACACGGCGAGUCCGACCUCUACUGGUAAAUAAUAUAAAGUUCCACUUAGAGAUGCAACAAUAAUCGAUGAAUGGACAACUAAUCGAUGAUCAAAUUAAUCGGCAACUGUUUUGAUAAUGUCGUCACUUAACUCCUCCCACGCCUGAGUUUUUUGCAUCAGCGACUAUCAAACCUGCGUUCUGCUUGGCCUUCCGCUACCCAUCAGCUGCCUCACGAGUCCCACAGGCCAAAAAAUGCCUGAUAGGACUCCUCCUUCAGCUUGAUGGCAUACCUUACAGCCACAGCUCCAAUCGACCGCCUAAACAAUGGAGGCGCGGAACAUGAUCCACUCGUACUCAGUGUUCUCCCCGCCUCUCCCGGAACGUGGGCAAAGUUCUGCCAGAGGUGGGAGUUGAAACGCCUUAUGACAUGGACUGACAGAAAUUUCCAGCAGACCGUCCCAAUACAUUUAGGUCUGCCAGAUCGGACCGCAGCUUCUCCCACCAUCAGAGCCAACACACCACCAGGUGGUGAUCUGUUGAUAGCUGCGCCCCUCUCUUCAUCCAAGUGUUUAAGACAAUCCAUCAUGAACACAGAAGUCCAAUGACAGAACACCACUCGGGUUCUGGUCGGAGGGGCUGUUCCCUUCUGAUCGAGCCCCUCGAGCCCCCUGGCUGCGUGGCUUAUCAGAAUCAUCUUUAUUUGCCAAGUAUGUCCAAAAACACACAAGGAAUUUGUCUCCGGUAGUUGGAGCCGCUCUAGUACGACAACAGACAGUCAAAUUACAGAACACUUUGGAGACAGAAAGACAUUGACAAAAAAACAGUCACUGAGCAGUAAAGGUUUGCUAGUUAUCUGGUAAUGCCGGUGAGGCUGGGGAAGGCCACCUCAUGUACAGGCACCACCAGCACCGGGGCGCCCCAAGGUCUCUCAGGACCUAAAGUGGGAGAUCAACAUCAACUCCAUCCUCAGAAAGGCCCAGCAGAGGAUGUACUUCCUGCGGCUUCUGAAGAAACACGGCCUGCCACAGGAGCUGUUGAGGCAGUUCUACACAGCAGUCAUCGAAUUAGUCCUGUGUUCUUCCAUCACUGUCUGAUUUGGUGCUGCUGCACUCCGACUGCAACGUACAAUCAAAACUGCUGAAAAGAUUGUCAGUACCCCCCUAACCCACCCUUGUGGACUUGCACGCUGCCACUAAGACAAGAGCAUGCAAAAUCGUCUUGGACCCUCCACAUCCUGGUCACCACCUCUUCCAGCUCCUUCCCUCAGGUCCUUGGAAAGCUUGAGAAGAUUGUCAAGCCUGUCAAAGAGUCUCCCACACUAAAAGAAACAGAAAAGAUGGAAAGGCCAAAGCAGUCUGAAGCCAUCUCCAGAUCAGGUCAGGGUUAUGGCUUCAGCCUGGACAGCAAUGAACUAGAAGGAGAGAACGCGGCCACCAAGUCGAAGACUGGGGAGGAUUCCCGUGAACGCCGGGACAAGCCAGAGGAGAGCCAGACCAGGCCAAGCUGGGACAGGAAAGGGCAACCGGACGACAGGAAGAAGAGGAGGGAGGACAGCGAGCCCAGACAUUUCAUGGUAUCUGAUGACCAUAUGGACCAGCAUCCAAUGGAGGCCACUGACAAAUCUGACAAAGGUCCGGCCACGUUGAGUUUGGGAAUGGAUCUCAACCUGGAUUGGAUGACGCUGGACGACUUCCAGAAACAUCUGAAUGGAGAUGAUGAGAUCCUGUCAGGGCCUCCAUUAUCACCCAGCGAGUUGCGGGAUGCAGUGAAAAGUGGCGACUAUGUAGCAGUAAAAGUGGCACUCAAUUCCAAAGAGGAGUACAACUUGGACCAGGAGGCAUGUACUACAAUGGGUGUGAAGAGGUCAUUUGACGAGAGAAGUCAGAGGGAUGGGAUUUUUAUGCCACAGUUUUUAAACUGUACGCAAGAGGGCAGGAGUGGCAGCCCGGAUAAAAACCUCCAGAAGGGUGUGCCCGAAUCAGAGCACGGUUCAGAUCAAGCAACAGAAACAUUUAAGCUAGAUAAUGCAAAAGUCAACAAUUUGAGGUUGAGCUUCGAUGUUCCUAACCAAACCGCAGAUGCAAAGGACUGCGACCAAGCGGGAGAAAAUGUCAAACCAGAUGGGAGUAAGACAAACAAUUUAGCAUCAAUUUCAUCCGAGGAGGCAACAAAAGACGAUGGCAGAUCGACAAAAUGCUGCCGGAGGAAAACUAUCAAAGCCAAACAGCCGACGCGAACCAGUCAGAGGAUAUGCAGGAAGAUAGUCCAUACACUAUCCAGUACUGAUGAGGAGAAGGAACAGUGUAGAAAGCACUUUUGUUUCUACUGCCAGAUGUCUUUCAGCCAGCUGGAGAAGCACUUGGAGAAAAAGCACGCCGAGGAAACGGACGUGGCCCACGCUAUUCACUUUCCCAAAGGCUCCAAAGUCAGACAGACCCUGCUAGACCAAAUCCGCGACAAGGGCGAUUAUGAGCAAUGCACCAAAGCACUCCGAAAGGUGGGUGACAAGGAUGGCGGCACACAUACAGAGGUGAAGAGUCCUAAAAUAUGCGUACGCGACUUUCUCCCAUGCCAGCAAUGCUAUACUUUUUACCGCAAAACCGACCUGUGGUGGCACGAGCAGUCCUGCAAACCCAGGAAAGGUGACGACAAAUCCCCCGAAAUUCCAAACGUGGAAACUGCGGGACAAAGCGUCACCUUGCAGCUGCUUCCCGUGUCAAAGUUCUUGACGGACGAUUGCAGGGAAAUUAUCCGCACCAUGCACCAGGACGACAUCACCCGGCACAUCGUCCACGACCCACUCAUUUGCAAAUACGGUAGUGCCUUGUCGGCCAAGUACAACCACGACAAAUCUCAGUUUGCCUACAUUGGACAAAAGUUGCGGCAGCUAGGCCGGUUCAUGAUCGCCAUCAAUAACCUGGAUGGCAGUGUGCGCUACCUGCACCAAUUGUGUCUCCCGUCCAGGUUUGAAUUGGCAGUGGAGGGUGCCAAGAAAGCUAGCGGUUUCGAUCCCAGUUGCAGUCGGUUCAAAACCUUUUCCCUGGUGUCCAAAAUUGGCUACUCCUUGAAACGGGCCGCCGAGAUAGCCUUUGGCGAGAGUUGCAUGACCAAAGAUCGGCUAACAGAGGGCGAGGUGAGGGCCUUCAUUCAGUUAGUGGAUACCAAAUGGAGCGAGCGCUUUUCUCGCAGGUCCCUACCAGCGUCAUCCUCCAAACCGGACAUUCGGAAGGCAGAGGUUAAUGCAUCCAGUGUGACGGAGGACCUGAUCAAACUCUAUAGGUUCAUUGCUGAUGAGGGGGACGAAGCCAGGCAGGAGCUGAGGUACAAUCCCAGUGUGGCCAACUGGAAGAAGCUGAGUGAGGCCACGCUGGCCGACAUUUGCCUCUUCAACAGAGCACGCGUGGGCAACAUUGGCCGGCUCCUUUUGCAAACAUAUGCCGGCAAAAAGCUUGGGGGCGUCUUUGUGCCCUCAGCUGAUCAAAUCAAGAAAUGCUCCAAACUGGAGCUGGAGGUCAGCGGGCACUUCACCCGGGUGGAACUGGAAGGUCAGUUUGGCAGGAACAUGUUGGUUCUGCUCACCGAAAAGAUGACUUUGUCACUGGAUCUGCUGGUGGAAAGCCGCCAAGACGCCGGGGUGUCCAAAAGCAACCCGUACCUCUUUGCCCGGACUGAAGGACACUCCUUCAUCCGAGGGCUGGACUGCUUCCGAAGGGCGGCGGUGGAAUGUGGAGUGAAGAACCCCGAAGCGCUCCUGUCAGCGGCGCUAAGGGAGCAAAUCGCCUGCUGCUGGCAGCUCAUGAGCCUCAGCCAAGGUGAGCUGGAUCGAGUAGCCGGGCUGUUGGGAAAGAGCAUCCAGGAGUGCUAUGCCUUGUCCAAAAACUCAUUGCAGCUGGAGGAGGCUAGUAAACACUUGCUCCAGUUGGACCGCAUGCGACCAACAAUUCCAGCUAACACAGCUAGCAAUGGAACUCCAUCCAAAGCUGUCCUGAAGAGGCGACCGUGGAGCGAGCGUGAGCAGGCUGCCGUCAGGCAUCACAUGAGUGAAUUUUUAAGAAGGAUGAAAGUUCCCGGCAAGAAGGACUGCAACGCCUGCAUUGCUGCCGAACCGGAUCUGGCUGGCAGAUCUUGGACCGAUGUGAAAAACUAUGUGCACAACAGCAUCCAGACCUUGCGUAGACGCAGUAACCAGCACAGGGGGGAAGGUAACAGCAGAGCUUUAAAGCCCAAGAGACUGAGAGAGGAAGUCCAAAGAACAGAUUUGGACGACAUGUCGACGGGUUGUAGCUUGUCUUCAGGUCUUCAGGACCACCUGACAGAGAAUGCAAAUAUUUGCAUGUCUGUGCCGCCGCAAGAACCAAAUCCAUACACCCCAGAGAUGCCUUUAAGCUACAUGUCCUUGUGUUCUCCUAGUGCAAAUCUUAUCCACACCAGUCAGCCAAUAAUGUCCACGUUCACAUCUUUGAACGCCACCGACACUCAAGUGGUACCCACGUUCACGCCGCUCAGCACCACCAGUGCACUCAUGUCGCCCAUAUAUGCGUCAGAAACCGACAGCAUCCAUCCAAUGGCUCCUCCUUAUUCGCCAAAUACCUCAAAUAUGCCUCCCCCGGUCUAUGCCGACCCUUUAAACUCCCCCAUGCUUCCCAGUUAUGGUGUUCCCAGCACCUCCAUGCUUCCCACGUUCACUACACUGAAUUCCCCGACUCCGCCCUUGGUCCCGGCCUUCUCCUCGACCUUAAGCGACCGAAGCGGGAUAAUGGUGUCCUCCUUCACGGCACUCAACCCCUCCGCUGCGCCUCCCUACCCGACCAGUCAGCCGACCACUUCUGUGACGGCGCAGGUGGUCCCGACGGUCCACAGAGGCAGCAUUCACGAUGGGGUGGCCCCACCGCUUCCACCUCACCAAAACCCCCACCCCACCCCAAAACCCCACCCCACCACCAAACCCCAGAAGAGGCACAAAAGGUUGUGGAGCACCGAGGAGCAGGCUGCAGUCCGACGGCAGUUUGGAGACUUGUGCAAACUGGUCAAGGUGCCGGGGAAAAAGGACUGUGACGCAUGUUUGGCGGCCGAGCCGGCCCUGAGUAGCCGCACGUGGCGGGAAGUCAAGUAUUUUGUCCACAACAACAUUCAGUCCAUGAAGAGACGAGGCCUUGCUGCAGCUGUGCCUCUGCUAACUGAACAACCCAAACAGGAACUACAGACUCCAGCAUCAAAUGCGGAGUGGGACGGUCCUGUAUAUCUGUCCCUGUAAAUAGCACUACCUUAACAUGUAAUAUGUUAUUGCAAGAGUUCAGAUCCAGAGUUCCACACUACAGUUCGCAUCGGGUGGCAUGCAAUAGCUGCGUCCGCUACGUAAAUAAUAGGGGUGUAACAGUACGUUGAAAAAAAAUCACAGCUUGGUUUUAAGGUGACGGUCCUGUUCACAUUGGGUACACUUAAGGCAGUGAUUGCCAACCACAAAGAUCAUCUGGUGCAUUGGUACUCUGCUGUUGUCACCCUGGGACCCACAUUUUCUAUUUGUCGUUCAGUCGCGACCCACUUACAGAAGUUAUCAAUAUAGAAAAUGUAUUGUUCAGAAUUUUUUUUUUCUCUAAACAUAACUACACUAUGCAUGCUUACAUGUUCAAAGUGCCUUUUAGAGCACCUUAAAACAUGAUAACUGCAUGUAUAAAUAAAUAAAGUUAAAUAUCACAAUUGCACAAAAUACGCCCCCAAAAUGACACUUAUAUCUUGGCACUGACCUCUUCUUUUUUGCAAAGUCUAUUACCUAACGUUCCAUAUAUAAAUACAUUUCUUAAUCUUUUUGACUCAUGCCUUUUAAAAUAAGGUCUGUUCCAAAUAAAAGGCAAGUCCAACCUGGGAUGCACGUUAAAUAUUUCACUAUAGACGGGUUUCUCAGUUUACAAUGGAGUUCCACUCCCAUAAAUGUGUUCAUAAAUCGGAACCCUGGUAAGCGUGUCACUAACCUACACGACUAACACAGUAGUAAAGUCACAAUUAUACAGUAUUUGUAUAAAUAAAACUAAUACAAAAACAACUGUGAAAUAAAAAACAGUACUGGUACGUUGUAUGUCGGCACCAUCAUAAACCAAGGACCCCUUUAAUUUGAUGCAACCUGUCUGUGAUCCAUCCAUAAUGGUAUGGCAUCCAAGCUUACUUGGGGCAAGUGGUGGAGUACACCCUGAACUAGUUUCGAGCCACUCGCUGUAAAGUGAUAAUUACGGUAAAUGUUUAUGAAAAAGCGCUUCUGGGCCAUAAAUAUAAAACAGAAAAACAACAACUACGGUGCUUAACAGAGUGUGCCUUCUUGACGCUGUAUUCUUACGCCUCCCAGCAGACUAGUCCAUCGCGCGCCGUUCGUAAAACUCCCUUCGGGACCGUGGUAAACCCACUCGCUGUAAGAUCAUCUUCUUUUUAGGAAAACAGACAAGUAUAAACUCAUUUGGACGGACAGCCGCUAGCCAGAGGCUAAGCUGCACUGGUUUUUUUAUGGCGUAGCCUGUCCAUUACCUAAUAUGUUUCGUGCAAGAACUGUACCCCUCCGAAUGUUCCCGACCCAAAAAGUCUAAUACCGUUACACCCCUGGUAAAUGGCGUGACAUAACAGUGAGGAAAAAGUUCAUUUCUGCUUCCGAUACGUGCUAAAAAUUGUUUUAAACGGUUACAAAUGACACUGCCCUUGUACUUCAAAGAGCCUCUGCCUCAUACAAAAAUGUACUUCCACCACCAGCCAUAUUACUCUGUAUAGACUGCUUGGUCACGCUGUGGUUUAGUCCAUUGACCCUCCCUCUGAACUAACCCCACCAACAAAAUGACUUCAACCGAAAGCAUUACGACUGUUGCUUUUGAUGAGUUUCCGUAUACACUAAAUGUGUAAUGCCUAGAUCAGACUACAAGAUUUUAGCCCCAAUAUUGGCCUGAUUAGCUAUUGCGGGCGAUUUCCCAGAUCGGGUCCGACAUUUUGUCGGGAACGACAAAACUUCUUGUCGUGUGACAUAAUCCACGACCAACGAUUUGGCCUUACGACAGCCCUACGACGGCAAAAUGAAAAGCCUAGCAUCUUAAUUUUUUUAUAUCUACCGUGUAGUGUGACAUAUCAGCGUCAACUCUGACAACGCACUUUGACAUCGACCAAUACGAUUGCAUAUUGUAACCGGCGCAUCGCCUCCCGUGCUUUCUGUUGUCAACAUACUGGUCGCCGUUGUCAACAUUUAUGCACGCGCACAAACUGUUUAUCGAUGCUUUAGAGCAUGAUUGGACAGAACGCUGGCAUGUUUAUCGGUAGCACUACCUUGCUAGGCUACAUAACGUUUUGUUGCAGCCUUGCGAGCCGUAUCACAUUAAAAAUACGUGAACAUACUGUAUCUCAAGCAAUCCUUGAAUGAACGUCCUCUCCCGAGCACUGGUGACGCCCGCUACACGAUUUUCAUCAUUUUGUUCUCCCCCCCCCCCCCCCCCCCCACACACACAAUACAUUGGCGCGAUCCAUUGUUGUUGUGGUCGCCAUGGUAACGGGUGUAUCUAGUAGCAUUGACCGGUGACACGUUUUCUGGUUCCGCCUCUCCAAGAGUGUUUGAUUUAACAAAAUAAAGCCCAGUAAUCGUAAAAGGCGGGAUACGUUGGUAUCGGAAUACAUCGUGUAGUGUCGCCACUGUCUGGCCGAGAUACGGCCAGAUUUUAUGGCAGUAGUCUGACAUUGUGCAAUCAUGAGAGACCAAAUUUGUCUUGUAGCCUGAUCCAGGCAUAAGAUUAUUAUUUUCCAUGUUUAAUACGUUCAUUCACCAAAUGUUAACGAGAAUUUCAUCCCACCAUUUCAACCACCAGUUGAUCCUUCCGAUAGAUGUUCAUUUCUACGCUUUAGGUAUUAGGUUUAUGUUGUAGAUGGUCCCAGUAUUGGUAGCACUGUGUAUACACUUAAACCCAUGUUCAUGUUUAUAAUCUCUUUAUUAUGAUGUUGCCCUGUACAAGAACUAUGUAGAACAAAUUUUGUACUUUUAGUGGAUUUUGUGUGACAGAUAAAAUACAACAGUGGUUGGGAAAAUUGGUUGAUUCCCAAAAUUUCUGGCUGAUAUUUGAAUGUAACUGGCCCACAACCAAUCCUGGCAAAUGUUUUUUUUUUUAUUUUUAUUUUUUUUUUGGGGUGGGGGAGGUCAUCCAUCCAAUUCCUGAUACAGGACUUUAGUAUGACCACUAGGGCUGCAGCUAUUGAAUAUUUUUAGAAUCGAGUAUUCUACAGAUUAUCCUGUUGAUUUAAUCGCAUAAUCACAUAAUUGAUUUUGCAUUUUAAACACAAUAACGCGCAUGUGAGGUGCAGGUACAGUAUUUUUUUCUGUCCACUUGGGGUCACCGUCCUUACAUUCUACUGUAGCAUCUGUGGCUUUGUGUGAGGAAGGCUUUUAAAAGGCACGGCCUGGCCUGGUGUGGGCGUCAGCAUAUAAGAGUGUAGUGUUGGCUGGCUAUUAACUGGUUAAAUUAGCUAAAAUCAAUGUUACGUUGUGCUGCCGGUCGUAGACAUGCUGUUUCGGUAGACGUUACACUUUAUCUUCCUUUUUAAAUCUGCAGUAUUUAACUGUUUUUUUCAUCUUCCGCAAGUCAUUUUCACCUAAGCCACUACUGAAAGAGAUGACCCAAUGCUGCUUUAGCCUAUGAGCUCGUCUGUCAUCUUGUUGUAUUUUUCGGUAUUUGUUUUUUUACAUUUAGUGAAUGUCUGGUUCAUUUCCUGCGCUUUCAACUUGGUGACCCACCGAAAAUGAAAUUGAUGCAUUUUAACCUAACAGUGGGCGGAGGGUGACCCCUUGUCAUUUGUAAAAAGCUCACUAAACAUUAUUUUGUGUUUCUGUAGCAGAGAAUAAUCAUACAGUAAUUACUGUGUAAACGAAUACAAUAAUUGCCGCGAACGAACGAAAACCUCUUUCUGAGGACCCCUUAGGUGCCCAAAUAAAAUGUAAAAUAUGCGCACCGAAUAAUGCAAGCACAAAUAUAGUGAAUGACUCAUUCUAUUUCUGUCUGAUAUCUUUAUCACCAAUGCAGACGGGCAUCGAUGACAAGAGAAAACAAUAGCAUUCGUAUGCUGUGACCGAAAUCCAUUCACCUUCCCGAGGACCCUUAGCUGACCAACAAGGUCCCUGAAGUAAAAUAAACGAAGUACAGCAACGUCCAAGCAAUGCAUGCACAAAAUGACCAAUAACAGUGAAUUUAUAACAAUUUCCUCUUCCGAAGAGUCCAUCUUUCCCCCCCCCCCCCCCACUGGCUGUCAUUCCAAACAGAAUACAAAUCUUGUAGAAUGUUGUACAAAAAUCACAUACAAGGGACCUCCUACGUCAUAUGGAAGCAACAGUUUGUUUUUGCAAUACUGAAUUCCAAACAGAACUUUAGCAUGAUAGCUUUAAGAGUGAAAUGACCCAAAACUUGGGACAUUUUCUCUCUCAUGGACUUUCCCCCCUGGCUCGUGGCUUAUUAACUUAAUUUAUUUCUACAUGAAGUGGUUCAUGCCACUGGAGUAACAUUAGUCGGUGUGGGCAAAUGAUCCCUGCAAAGAGAUUUUGGUUUGACCUUUUUAGUAAAGGAAUUAUUUGAUUAAUUGUUGCAGCCUUAGUAGGUCAUCCAAACUUGAGUCCUGCAUGGGUCAGUUUUUUAAAUCGGGUUUCAACUCACCGAUAUGUGACCGCAUCUUACACACAACCCAACCGCUGGAAACUUGAGGGUCACGCUUUCAGUAUUGAAUACAUUGGAUAAGUUUGUUCAAUACGAAUGAAAACCAUCACUUUCCAAAUUUGUUUCGUCCACAAAUGUAUUACAAAGCUCCUUCAUUCGAUCCUGUUGUAGUUUAUACAGUUUACUAUUUAAAAAAAAACAAAUCAUUUGAGCCUCCAGUAUUGUCCAGGCAUUUUCAAUAUGUUCUUCCAACAUUGAUGUUAAUAUCCAUCAAAAAAGAAUUCCUAUUUUUCAAUUUUGGUGUAAGAUGCCACAUUGGCCCCAGUCAAUGCCUUUUAUGAUGUAUCGUAAGGAACUUAGAACCUGUACUUGUAUAAUAAAAUGUUUCUUGUCUUAA